AUGGACCUUGAAGAAGAAGAAAAUGUUGACGCAGUUUUCAAUGACGUGAAACUUGAAAACCCACAAUUAGUAGAUUCUACCGUUGUAUUUACUACUGAUAAAGUGUUUGCUGCACGUGGUGAUUUAUUGAAGUGGGCUAAAAAUGUUGGGAAGCAAAACGGUGUUGUUGUUGUCAUUUAUAGGUCUGAAACAGCCACAGCAAAACCAGGAACAAGGACAAGACUAAUUCUUGGUUGUGAAAGAAGCGGAAAAUAUAGACCUUGGAAGAACCCUAAACCUAUGAGGGAGAAAAAUUUACUCGGUGACAUGACAAAGAAUAUGGUUAAACCAAGAAAUAUAUUGAUGACACUUAGGGAUCAUAAUGCAGAGAGUUUAACAACCAUCAAGCAGGUUUAUAAUGCACGCCAAUCAUUUCGUUCAUCCAUUAGGGGAAACAGGACUGAAAUGCAACAUCUAAUGUGGUUGAUGGAACGCGACAAAUAUGUGUAUCAGUAUAGAAAAGUGGAUGAUUCUGAUGAGUUGAUGGACAUAUUAUGGGCACAUCCAUAUUCAAUCACACUUGUGAAUAAGUUCCACCUAGUUUUGAUUAUGGAUAGCACAUAUAAGACUUGCAAGUAUCAUUUGCCAUUGCUAGAGAUUGUUGGUGUUACUUUGACCGGAAUAACAUUUUCGGUGGCAUUUGCUUAUUUACAAUCUGAGCGUGGUAAUAACUUUGUUUGGGCACUAAAAAUGUUGAAAGAAUAA